CUUUUUUUAGUUCUGUAAGGUGUAAUAUUUCAUUACAAGCAUAUUGUUACCUAUAGCGAUUAAUUAAUUAGCAUCACGCAAAAUGUUCUUUAAUGCUCAACACAAUUGCAUUGAUGAAACAGAUGGAUUUAUAAAGCAAACUAUAAUCAAAAUAAUUACUACUGCAAGAAAAAAUAAAAUAAAAAACGGAUUUAUCAUCGUAAUUGUGAUACCUGUGAUGCUCGUGGCUUUUAGGACCUUCUCCACUGAUUAUGCUCCGCGGGGAGUCAUUCUGAACAACCUCUUUCAAGACGUACAGCUGUCCUUGAAGGUUUCAACCAGCAAAUCCUAAUGUAUUGUUCGGAGCGGUUCUCCUACUCGCCACCAGUGUACCGCAUAAUCAACCUCAUAGCAGCAAUUGACCACAAGAAUCAUUUGGAAAGACUAAACCGUGUAUGGAACAAAAAGAAGAGGUUGGCAAUAUUAUCCCCUAGAAUACCCAGUGAAAGACAAAAGACCUAUCCAUACAAAGAGUCGCUGAAGAAACAGAUCUUGAUGCGUCACUUGACCAACAAUUUCGGUAUGGGUAGAAAAGCUGUUAUGGAGAAGCACGCCCCUCGACGAAUCUCUAGCCACCUUUGACAGUUAUCUCCUAAACCAAGCAGGGAAUUAUACAGCGAACAAGAAUCUAGGUUUAAUAAGUGACAUUUCUAGAGGUUAAUUAAGUGCUCCAAUAUUCAUGAAACUUAAUGACAAUGGUUUCAUUGUUGACUAGUUUGAAACAAGUUCACAUGUGGUCCGAACGGAGGUCACCAGGUUGUAUUUCAAAACAUUAUAGAAUCAAACCUUGGUAUUGCUGGGUCAGAUUACAUGCGUUCAAACUUAAUCAGAAUGUUCCCCUUGAUAACAUGUUUAGGGAUAUCAAGUUUGUAACAUACGGUAAAAAUGUGGUUGCUUCUUAAGAAAUGUUUGGGUACUAGAAGCAAUAUAUGUACUCCAAUCAUGUAAAUGUGUGUAUAAUUGUUUUCUUCCGCUUAUUAAGUCGUGUCUCCUUCUAAAUGUGAACACAUUUGAAGUAUUUGGGAAAAGGGUAUAUCAAAAGCAGAUCGGAUACAUACUAAAAUUAAACAUUAAAGCUUGAUUUAUAUGUAAUGAUAAUCAUGGUUAAGUUCUCAAAAAUCAAACAAUAUAUCAAAUUAAACAAUUUACAUUACGCUUUUAAUUUAAGCGGUCAAGGUCAUUGUCAAUAAAGAUAGAUUACCGGUUGGUACUAAAUAACUUUAGUUAUGGUUGACAUACUGUGACUAAACUUGAUAUGUAGGAAGAGUUUAUGGAGGACAUUCAUGGGAUUGUGUUUGGGGCCCCAAGGAUCAAGGUCUCUGUUACAAAAAAUAGAAGAAAGCAGUUGAAACUGAAUCUCUUCUGCCAAUCAUUACAAAAACUGUUUUGUCUAAUCGGGGUUCUUGUUUACUUCUUAAUUUGAUAUUUUUAUUGCUUUUGACAGACACAUAUUACAUCAUUGUUUUCAUUUCUAAGGCAAAGUGAUGUAGUUUAGCGCGUUGUCUUACGACAGCUCUUGUCUAUUUAUUAAACAAUCCUUAAAAACUAGGUUCUCCGUGCAAAAAUGACUUUGCGAAAGUUCAGAAAAAAUGCCUGUCAUUAGGACAAAUAGUCCCUGAUAUUUUGUCAGUCCAAAAAAGAUAAUUCUGGCGAGUCAAUGUUUGUUUGAAAAUUUGCUUUUUUAAGCCUUUGUUGCUAAUUUAACAUGGACAACAGAGUUACAGAUAAGCUGCGUAUUUGAGUUAAUAUAUGCAAUUGAAAUCUUAGAAAACACAAUUGUUUUAAAAAUUGAUGAGUAAAAAAGCAUAAGAAAAGGCGGAAUACGCAAUUAAUUUAAAAAUUUAUUUUACUCAUUUAAAAAAAGAUGGUUUCCGUAAUUGGCCGAUCACUUUCUGGAAGCAAGCCGGAAAUAAUCUUAGACCUCAGGGUUGGACCAAAGACGCUUUCCGUUGAUUAACGAGUAAAUACAAUGGGAUACAAUUAUAGACGGCUGCAGGCAGAAGCUUACAUGUUCAUAUGCAUGCUUUCCCGCAAAUAUGUCAAAAAGAGGAAAAAAAUGCAUUACCAAACAUAUUAACACAUUAUUUAAACCCACCAUCAUCGUCGAAGAUAGCUGGUGACAUAUUGGAUACAUAAGUUACAUGAUUAUUAGCUUGAUUAUUGGAAGGGUUUAUUUCAUGCACCAGCAUCGGCGUCCAGUUUAAGUUUUAGGGCAUGUUGCAUUUACACUGAUAACUCCAAUACCCUUCAUUUAAUUCACUCAAUACCUCACACAGUUGUUCAGGAACAUCACACAUAACUCCAUAUUAUCCUACAUACAAAUUAUGGCCCCUGAUUGACUUAGAAACUUAGGUUACAGUUUAAAGGCACAUUGUGUCAGGUUAAAGUUUCAGGGCAAGUUGGGUUUUUUAUCAAUAUCUUCUAUAUUCUUUAUGUAAUUGACUAAAGACUUCACACAAUUAUAAAUGAACAUCUUACAAAUAGGUUAACAUUACUCAAUAUUAACCCUGAAUUAUGGCCCUUGAUUGACCUAUUUUCAUUGCUUUUGACAGGCGUAUUUUUUAACCACGUUUUAACAAAUUGAAACUGGGUUAUUAGAAUGAUGUGCGUCGUUUUUUGGGCAGGCCUGUGGGAGGGUAUCAAACUCAUCUGUGUUAUUGAAUUAUCUUUGCAAGGUUUGACACAUGUGCUCCAUUGUUGUGGUAGGUUAUAAUGUAAAGCCGCUGUUAAACGAUUUAUUUCUUUUGACAUGUUUGCUGUGUUUCCAGUGAUGAAUUAAAUGUA